AAGUUGUCCAAUGACAGUUUUUUCUCCUGGACAGUGGAGUUUCUCGUUUUUAAGACUAAUAACUGAAAUCAAUCAAUCAAUUAACAACAUUUUACUCACUCUCUUCCAACUCUUUCUCUCAAAAUCUCUCUUAAAAAACAAAUAAAUUUAAUAAAAUUCAUAUUCUUCAUUUGUUUUUGUUGUUGGAUCAACUUUUUUUUUUUUUUGUGAAGUUUUAAUUUUUCAGGAUGUUUGUAAAGAAGCUUGUGGAAAAGGCAACAAGGAAGCCUGGGGAGAGCUCGGAAAGUUUGAAACCUGAAGAUGUUGAUCCUCGUCUAGCUUUUCAUUAUGGAGUACCAUCUUCAGCUGCUAUGUUAGCUUAUGAUCCAGUACAAAAAAUUCUUGCAAUUUCAACAAAAAAUGGGCAGAUCAAAUUGCUUGGAAAAGAUAACACCCAAGCCUUGUUGGAGUCCAAUGAUGUACAACCUAGCAAGUUUUUGCAGUUCAUUCAAAACCAGGGAAUUCUUUUGAAUGUUACAUUGAAAGACCAAAUUGAGGUUUGGGAUGUAGAUAAAAAGAUUAUGUCUCAUGUACAUGAUGUCAAUGAAGAGAUCACAUCUUUUUCUGUAGUGCAACAAUGUUUCUUUAUAUAUAUAGGAGAUCGUGCUGGUAAUGUCACGGUGUGGAAGCUUGAAAAGGAAUCGUGCCAGAUAGAAAAAAUGAGAUAUUGGAUUCCCUUUUCAGCUUCACAUGGGCAUACUAAUAGAGAUCCAGUGGACCAUUCUGUAAUGUAUGUAUUACCUCAACCAACUGCACAAAGCAAGAGAAUUCUGAUUAUAUUUGCUGAUGGGUUAAUCACGUUGUGGGCAAUCCAAGAAAGCAAAGCUGUUUUCACAAUUGGAGGUAGUGGAACAGCGACUCAUCUGCAGGAAACUAAGACAGUAACAGCUGCAUGCUGGGUGUGCCCCUUUGGAAGUAAAGUGGCUGUUGGGUAUGACACUGGAGAUAUUUCAAUCUAUACGAUCCUUUCUAAUUCUGACAUAGGAAGUGGUUCUCCAAGGGGUAUAGACUCCUCCAAUACCCAACAUGUCCAUACUUCUAAGAUCAAUCUAGUAUAUAGGUUGGAGAAAAUUCCUAUAGCAUCAUUGAAGUGGGUGUAUUCAGAUGGUAAAGCUAAUCGGUUGUAUGUUAUUGGUGCCUUUGACGCCACAUCCACUAACUUGGUUCAGGUGAUCUUAUUGAAUGAAGACACUGAAUCUCGGACAACCAAAUUGGGGCUUCAAUUGCCUGAACCAAGUCUUGAUAUUGAAAUCAUUUCUUGCUCCAAUGAACAAAGCAAAAAUAAGCAACAGUUUCUCCUUUUGUUGGGAAAAUCUGGUCUCAUAUAUGCCUAUGAUGAUCAUUCUAUUGAGAAGUGUUUGUUGCAAUCCCAAUCAAAGUCUGCAGCAUCACUACCAAGUGAAUUGAUAAUAAAGCUUCCUAAUUCUGCUUCAAGUACUACUACUGCUCAAUUUAUCACAAACCAUACCAACAAUAUAGUUUCUGAGGAUGAGGACUACUUGUCAGUCGUGAAAAAUAUCCCAUCCGUUCUUCCUUUUGAAGCAAAGCAUGUCAAUUUACCUCACUUUACUGGAUUUGCAAAGAUCAAGAAGUUGUAUAUUACAGGACAUGGUGACGGAACAGUCAAAUUUUGGGAUGUCACGUGCCCCCUAUUGAUUCCGCUUCUAUCACUUACGCAACAGUGCCAUUUGCAGAACGAGGAUGAUUUGUCUCCGAGUGGUAUAGCAGUAACUGCAAUUUAUUACUGUUAUUCAUCGCGGGUUCUCUUCUCUGGAGACAAAAGUGGAAUGGUCCGUAUCUAUCACUUUAAGCCUGAGCCCUUUUCCAUAGAGAAUGGAUUUUUCUCUUUACCAGGAAGUUCAAAAAAAGGAAACAAUCAUGUCAUCCAUAGUGUGAAGUUCAUAAAAGUCAAUGGACCUGUACUUUCUUUCGACAUAAGUAGCUGCUCAAAAUAUCUUGCAGUGGGCUCUGAACAAGGACAUAUUUCAGUCAUUGACAAAGAGGGUUCCUCCAUCUUGUAUCAGAAACAAAUUGGAACCGAGUUGUCUGCAGAUGUUAUAUCUCUGAAGUUUGAAACAUCAAAUAUUCAUGGUUUUGAAAAGAAUAUACUGGUAAUAGCAACAAGGGAUUCAUCUGUAUUGGCACUUGAUGCUGAUUCUGGAAAUACACUUAGCAGUAGCACAGUGCACCCUAAGAAACCAUCCAGAGCUCUGUAUAUGCAGACUUUAGAAGCAAGCAGAGGAUCUUCUACAGAAGAACCAGCACAAAAGCAGCAAUUAUUGCUUUGUUCCGAGAAAGCUGUAUAUAUCUAUUCGCUACCACAUAUAGCGCAGGGGGUUAAGAAGGUUUGCUACAAACUGAAGUUUAAUUCAUCUUCCUGUUGUUGGGCAUCUAUGAUGUGCAAUACUUCUGGCACAGGGCUCGUACUUGUCUUUUCAUGUGGAAUAGUUGAAAUAAGAUCCCUUCCAGAAUUAUCUCUUGUGAAAAAAACUACACUAAGAAGUUUCACAUGCUCGCCCUUGAAGCCAAACGCAUUACCGGACUAUUUCAUAUGCUCUUCUGUUGAUGGAGAAGUUAUAAUGAUGCAGAGUGAUAAAGAAGUGGCAGUGGCUUCGAUGCUGCUUUCAAAUGGAAAGUAUAGACACUUGGAUUCCCUUUCUCGAGUAUAUGAUAAAAAUCUUUCGACUUCAGAGGAUGGAGCAACUUCUCCUUCAGUCCAUAAAGAAAAGAAAAAGGGAGUGUUUGGCACUCUAUUCAAAGAUGUAACUGGUAGCAAAACAAACCACGGAGCUGAUGCUGAAGCCACAGACGGGAAAGUGAUUUUUGAAGAACUCUCAAAGAACUUUGCAGUUUCCAAUUUUCCUACUCAAGCGGAAGGUUCAGCUAAUGUUGCAUUGGAAAAUGAAAAUGUUGACUUGGAUAUUGAUGACAUUGAUCUUGAUGAUCAGGACGAAAAACCAAAAGGGAACAAUGUGAUGGCAUUGCUAAAUAAGCAGAAGUUUGCAAGCAAGUUUCAGUCAUUUAAAGGAAAACUGAAGCAAAUGACAGUCAAGAACGAGAAACCUUCACCCCAUGAAGAGUCACAAGCUGAGAAGACUGAGACAGUUGAUCAAAUUAAGAUGAAAUAUGGAUUUUCAUCCUCGAAUCCUACUAGUGAAUCAAGUGUUGCCAAAAUGACAGAAAAUAAGCUCAAGCUUACUGAGAAUGUGAAUAGACUGCAGGGAAUUAGCUUGAAAACCACAGAAAUGCAAGAUAAUGCUCAGACAUUUUCAUCCAUGGCAAAAGAGACGCUGCGCGUAGCUGAACAGAAAAACAGUCCUAGUAAAACAUGAUACUUCCUGGGAUUCAAAGACUUGCUUCCUCUAUCUAUUUUCCUUGCAGUCUUUUGAUGUCACAUACUAAUUCUUUUAUGGAGUGUUUUUAUCCCCACAGACCAAAUUGGACAGUUUUUUUUCUCUUACUUUGUGAUUAGUUGUGGAGUAUCUUGUAAAUAUCAUACAGAAUGUAAAUUUAGUAAAUAUUCAAAGUAAAAUGAGACGAAAAGUUUGAUCA